UUGUUCUACUGUCAAAUAUUUAAGAGUCAUUGCUAGCAUUAUCGUCAAGUGUUAAGCAUCUUUUUUCAUUUUCUCCCAAUUUUCAUUUUCAUUUGUGCAAAAAUGUCGAAACGUUCUUGCGAUUCAAACUCCAAUUAUGGCGCCAGCAAGGAUAUCUGGGCAUCGAUGCGUCCCUUUCGCGUGCCCUAUGAGGAGCCAAAGGGCAGCGAUGCCCGAAUGAUGGCUGCCUACAAGAAGGCUCAUGCUCCGGACGCUCCUCAAGCCAGCUCCCAAUUGGCGAUGGUUCAGGGUGGCAAUAUUUGCAGAAAGUGUUUGCUCCACAUCGAAGUGUGCCGCAUCUAUGGCGAGAAUCUGAAGAAGAGCGAGCAAGCUGCCGCCAUUUUGAAGUUAAAGAAUGUGAAGGUUGAAAAAGGAGAGAAAACAGUACUUGAGGGACAAAAGGGUGCAAAGGAAGGCGUAAAGGGAGAUGCAGAGGGGGGAGCAGAGGGAGGCACUGAGUCAAAAGAAAAUGUACUAUAAAUAUAUCAAAUGUCACUUUCAAUAAUUAAU